ACGAGUGCGGGAUAUCACAAUGCGGAUCUGGGAAAAAGCAACAGAUUUUGUGCAAAUACAUUCGACACGUGCGCUUCUCACGUGGUUUCUUUAAGUUAAUUCAAAAAUUUCACUGAAAUUCAAAAAGAAUAAUAAGAAAAAAAAAAGCGUCAAAAAAACAACUUCCUGCCUUUCAAUUUCAAAACAAACUCCCAGGUAAACCAAAAGAAUUCCCCGCCACCAUCACCACAACCACCACCACACCACCGAUAACUCAAAUGGCCUCCGCCGCCUCUAAUCUUCCAACAACAACAACAACCACCACCACUACCACCACCGCUCGGCCCUUCACUACCGCAACAAAAGCUACUAAAUCUCCAGCAAGACCUCAAACACCUCAACCUUCUUCUACUACAUUCCCAAUUUACCACUUGUAUCCGUCGCAAACCAUUCCAAUUAGAUCGCAAUCACAAAAUUCAAAUCCGACGUCGUCUCAGCAGCAACAACAAGGGAUAAUUUACCCAGUUGCUUCAUCUGGGCGCGGCUUCAUGGUACGUCCUUCAGAUCAGACCGCUAAUAACCCAAAUUUUAACCCAGGCGCGUCCCAUCCACGUGCUGUUGGAGUUAGUUAUAGACCUGUAAUUGGCUCUCCUGGAUCGACCCAUCAUCAUCAUCAUCAUCUUCAGCAUCAUCAUCCUGCAUAUCACUUGAUGAGACAGCAUCCUACUCACUUACAGCAUCACCAACACUACACGCCUUUGCCUCCGAUUAAGGGAAUUCCUGUUACUGGCCCCCUCAAGGCUGCUUCAUCUUCAUUGCCAGUUUCUGAUUCUAAUGGCUAUAAAAACACAAGGGACAGAAGCAGAGAUGAUAAUGCUGUAAUGAUUAGAGAUCGAAAAGUAAAAAUUUCCGAUGGGGCUUCUCUUUAUGCACUUUGUCGAUCAUGGUUGAGAAAUGGAUUUCUAGAGGAGAAUCAGGCACACUAUGGGGAUUUUGUAAAGGUUCUUCCGAGACCUUUGCCUGAGUCUGAUGUAGACGUUCAUUCCCCAAGAAAGGAAGGUGAAAAAGAAGUAGAAGAAUAUGAGGAGGAUGUGGAAUGUAUAGAUAAUUUAUCAGCACAAGAUCUCUUUAGGAUACAUGUUAAGCGUGCUAAAAGGGUUCGGGCAAGGUUAAGAGAAAGACGGCUGAAGCGAAUUGCAAGAUACAAAACCAGGUUGGCUAUGCUCCUUCCUCCACAGGUCGAACAGUUCAGAAAUGAUAGUGCUGCUGGAAACUGAUCAAUACUAAUGAAAUGAGACAUCUUGAUAUUUGUGUAUCCUCACAUAGAAAAUCAGCAAAAGGUGGGUCAGAGAAAAAGUGAAGAGCUUAACACUGGAGUUGAAAGAUCCAAUUAUCAGUUGGGGCAUUCAGGUAAAACUUAAUUUGGUUGGUCUCUUUACAACAUGUGAUCAUUUAACAUCUGCAGUCACAAAUCGGUAACGUGCUUUGCCUGCCUCUUGCGGCUCAGCUGGGAAGCGCAUCAACCCUUUGCACAAUUUUCUAGUAGUGACUCCAGAUAUCAUUAUUGGAUUGCCACACUAAUGCCAUUACCUUUUUUUUCUUUUCUUUUCUUUUCUUUUUCUUGAUUGUUAAUGACAAGAAUAAUAAGCUUCACUUAUGCUAGUGUAGUACUUUGGUUUGACCUGUGCUCUAGAAGAAAGAUUGGGCUUUGCUAUUGUCAGUCCACGGAUAGGCUUGGAUAUCUCGAGUCAGGCUCUUUAGAAUGUUGCCUUUUCUGCUAAGAAAAAAAAUUGUUGCCUUUCUAGUUC